AUGAUUGCGGAGGUCAUUACUGUCUUCUACGGACGUUUAGUAGCGACGGUAGAAAGCAAUUGGGCCGAGCUUACUAAUAAAUGGCUCAAUCCAGGGAGACACUCGACACGGGAGCGCGGCGCCCGAAGCGGGCACGGUAAACACGUACUAUCGGGGGCGCGGGCGGUGAGCCCUAGCGCUGGGGCGGCUCGGCGGCGACGGGGCUCGCGUUCGCUGGUCGGCCGGGGCCGUACCGUCGGCUUGGGCUUUCGCGCGACGACGGACGCGGGCGAGCGGCUCGCCUCCCGUGCGCGGUUUGAGGCCCUCCGCUCGCGACGCCGGUGCGCGCGCACCCGCCGGCCUAAUGCCGCCCUAUCUACGGCUAUCGAGUUAUCCGCGGGACUACUACUCGGCGCU